AUGAUCCUCACAAGAGGAAACCUGAUAUCGGAAAAACGAAGUCCGACGAGCCAAUCCAGUCCUUACUCUCCCAAAGCGCUCAAACAUCCCAGAUCUCUUCCCAGAUCCAUCAACUACAUCUUCCGCGAACAGCGCCUUCUCUUCAUCCUCGUCGGGAUCUUGAUCGGAUCCACCUUCUUCAUCCUCCAACCUUCUCUCUCCCGUUUAGGCACCGCCGAGUCGAACUCCCUCAUCCCCAGAUCCAUCUCCAACGUCGUUGUCGACUCCUCUCCUUACAGAACGGGUUUCAUGCCCGGUGGAGGUAAGACGGGUCGGGUUCCUGUCGGAAUCGGACGGCGGAGGCUGAGGAUCGUGGUCACCGGUGGAGCUGGCUUCGUCGGGAGCCAUCUCGUUGACAAGCUUAUCGCGAGAGGUGAUGAAGUGAUCGUGAUUGAUAACUUCUUCACGGGAAGGAAGGAGAAUUUGGUUCAUUUGUUCUCGAACCCUAGGUUCGAGCUUAUCCGUCACGAUGUCGUCGAGCCCAUCCUUCUGGAGGUGGAUCAGAUCUACCACUUAGCUUGCCCAGCCUCUCCUGUUCAUUACAAAUACAAUCCAGUGAAGACUAUUAAGACAAAUGUGAUGGGCACUCUUAAUAUGUUGGGUCUUGCAAAGAGAGUAGGUGCCAGAUUUCUGCUCACCAGCACGAGUGAAGUUUAUGGCGAUCCACUUGAGCAUCCCCAGAAGGAAACUUAUUGGGGAAAUGUGAAUCCCAUUGGCGAGAGGAGUUGCUACGAUGAAGGAAAGCGCACUGCUGAAACUCUAACAAUGGAUUAUCACCGAGGUGCAGACGUUGAGGUCAGAAUUGCUCGCAUCUUCAACACAUAUGGACCAAGGAUGUGCCUCGAUGAUGGGCGUGUUGUUAGUAACUUUGUUGCUCAGGCCAUCCGAAAACAACCAAUGACUGUUUAUGGUGACGGCAAGCAAACAAGAAGCUUCCAAUAUGUUUCUGACUUGGUGGAGGGACUUGUGGCGCUAAUGGAAGGCGAGCACAUUGGACCUUUCAAUCUCGGUAACCCUGGAGAGUUCACAAUGCUCGAGCUUGCAGAGGUUGUGAAGGAAGUGAUAGAUCCGAGCGCAACGAUAGAAUUCAAACCCAACACAGCGGAUGAUCCUCACAAGAGGAAACCUGAUAUCGGAAAAGCAAAGGAGCUGCUGAAUUGGGAGCCGAAGAUCUCUCUUCGAGACGGUCUGCCUCUCAUGGUUAACGAUUUCCGCAACCGAAUCUUGAACGAAGACGAAGGAAAAGGUCUUUAAGGCAGGACACAACACUACAGGACAUGGCAGGCCAUGAAAGAGGAUACCAGACCAUAUUACAGUUUACUUCCUAUAUAUAUAUAUAUAUGUAUAUAGUCUCCUCCUCAAGAGCUCUGCUUCUUUUGUUUGUUAUUUUUGGUACUCUCUCUCCCUCAUGGCUUUUUGUUUCUGCGUUUUUUUUUUAAUUUUCCCUUGUUUUUUUGGCGUUUUUGUUCGGUAGCUAGCUUCAAGUUCACGUUUGUAUUAAUUGGGCUUUGAUUUUUUUUUCAAAAUGGGCUUUUUAUUGGGCCGUAGAUUUGAAUAAGAGGUUUUCAAAUUUUUCAUU